AUGAAAUACAAAUGUUUUUUAAUGCUGCUAAUAAUAUGUCAUUCAAAAACAUUCAAAUUGGAUUUCGUCGAUGUCGCGAAAAAUUUUAAAGAUCACCUUAAAAAAAAUGGGAGACUGCAUGAGACCAUUCAAACCAAAUAUUGUCAGUGAAGUUUUUAAAGAACGGUUAGGUAAUCGUUUUCUUAAUUCACUGAAAACUAUUUCAAAUAAUAUUAGGGAGUAUGAAAAUGAUAUUCAAAGAAGUGUACAAAUAUUAAAUAUAAUGAUUGAAAAAAGGAUCGGAUCCAGUGCCAAACUGUCUACUUUAAAAUCAAAUCUAAUUGAUAUAAACAAUACAACAAUGUAUUUAACCACUAAAAAUCUAAAUAUUAACACAAAAGUGGAAAUAAUAAAAUUUUGCCAAGACGCUAUAGAUAACAACGAGAGCAGUUUAAAAACUAGAUAUUCCCUCUUUGUAAAUUUUAUUACAAACGAAUCAGAUUUUUUCAAGUCCCUAUUGGAUAAAAAUGGGGAAAAAACUAUGAAAAUGUUUGGACAAUCGGCUGAAAUUUUGUUCAAAAUAUUAUUUGAUGCUUUUUUCAUAGUUCAACUUAAGGCAGAAAUUACAAUGCAGUUUUCAUACAACUUUUUAAGAUUAACUAGCAGAGGUUCAUAUUAUGAUAAUAUUCUUUUUUCGAACAAUGAGUAUAUCUUAAAUAGGACCAAACUCUUGGACAUUUACUAUGAGAUCAUGAAAUAUUAUGGAGAAGGAGAGAUAUGGAAUGCUAUAGAUAAAUAUGAUAAACAAGAUGAAACGUACAGCGAAGUGACUAAACUUCUGCAAGGGUUCCUGCAAAACGAGGAGCACUUAAACGCAGAAAAAUCCUGCUGGAAAUCCUGCGAUAAAUAUCGGGUUACGAGAGAAACAGGUUUUGGACCUGCUAAAUGCGAAAAUCGCGGAUGCAAAGGCCGAGUUCUCAGCUGUCAAUGGGUGGGAAAGGACGUAACCAUUUGUCCAUCGAGCGUGCAUACAUCGAGAAGAUAUGAUUACCUGUCUUUAGACGACAAAAAACGUUUAGGUGCUAAGAUCGUGUGUCCCAAUAGCCAAUGUUCAGUUACAACUCAUGGCGGUUUUUUGGGUAUAGCACGGUGCGACUAUUGCCUUUGCAUUUGUGAGGAAACUGAUGCGCUUUCCGACAGAUAUAUAAGUCUACGACCGGUAACGACAAAUGUUUUUAAUAAUAUGGUGGUGACUGGUCUAAGGAUAGCAAAGAAGAACCGAAUUUUUCACUUGGAAAUCCAAGAGGGAAAGUUGUCCAAGUUUGGGGAAAUAAUUGGAGAUAAGAAGUGGGUCAAAACUGAACAUUUUCAUAUUACCAGUAAAAAUGUUUACAAUAAUUUGGAUUAUCAUACGUUAACGUACGACAAACGUAGCAUGGAAAUGACAAAUACAAAAUUGCCGAGCGGUUUUGUAGUUACAGGUGUUAGAUUCCAAUUCGAUAAAGACCUUAUUAAGCUUAGAGUUCAGGGUACAACUUACGAUUAUUUCAGUGGACGUAUAAAUAACAAACCCCAUUGGUUCUCCAACCCCAAUGAAUAUCCAAGAAAAAUUCCACUGAACAACACGGACAUUCCGUGCCGGGACAGGCUAAAAACCCCGGAAAGAGAGCUCAGAAAACGAGCGUUUGGAGAUACAUACGUUGAAUUCACUCAUACGGACAUCGACAAAGACGUGGCCCAAACUACGGUGCCUUUCUUUGAAGUGGUGGGAGUUACGGCGGAGAAAGGCCCCCUUCAGGGCGCGGGAAUUUACUACAAGGGAAGCGAGGGGUACGGGGGGUUCGUAGCCCCGCUUCUGACGGGGUUCGACUUCAGCGCGUCGGUUAAAUCUAUCAGCAAUUCAAUACUUGAAAUCGUCUAA